CUCAGCAGUCGCCGUGUUGUUUUGUUGGACGGAAACACAAGAAGAGCGUCCCAAUGAUGGAGUCGGAAAUAUUGAAGUUUAUCUGCGCAAAUCAAGGAGCAGUUAACACUGAUUUUUUGAUGUUUAAUCUGGGAUCAGGCGAUUCAAUUAAUGAGAUCAUAAAUAACCGAGAGAAGUUUGCUUUGUGUUGUCCCUACGGCCAGCCCAAGGUGGUGGCCAGGACCAGACUGAGGCUGUGCAAAGACAGAGAGUGUGCGGGAUCCUGCAGCGGCCUGCACCUGUGCAAGAAGUUCCUCUUCACCGGAUCCUGUCCGUUCACUCAGACGAGGACAGGAUGCAGAUUCUCUCAUGCGCUGGACUCUCAGCACAAUUUAGGGAUCCUGAGCGUCCACGGGCUGGAGAGUCUGAGCAGGACGGAGCUGUGCACGCUGCUGCUGCAGAGCGACAGGUUUAUCCUACCUGACAUAUGUCACGACUACAACAACGGUGAUGGGGAGUUUGGCCUGUGUAAGAGAGGUUUUGAUUGUGAGAGACUGCAUAUAUGUGAGAAGUACCUGAACCGUGACUGCAGCUGCUCCAAGAAUCAUGAUUUUACUGCUCCACAGCCGAACAAGAUCCUGUGCAAUAGAGGCGUGACCGAUGACCUCUUUCUCUCCUUGAAGUCUGUUUAUGCAAACAUAUUGGCUUUGAAGUACCAUGACAGACAGGGCAAUUUGGGCAACCGUCAACCAAACUCUGAUGCAAGCAGCGACGAUGGUCAACAAAGGUCGUGGCAGAGAGGGAGAGGGAGAGGCGGUUUCAGGGGCAACAGAGGCAACAGAGGCAACAGAGGCAACAGGGGCAACAGGGGCAACAGGGGCUCCAGAGGCAACAGGGGCAGAGGAAACCAGAGCCACUAUCAAGAGCAGCGACGACCCAGCUCCACUAAUGACAUCCUUGUUGACAUUGAUGGCUUAGAUCUGUACAGCGAAGAUGGAAUGAACGAAGAGGAGCAAUUCAACUUUUCCACCAGUGACAUCUCUGCCGCUGCCAAUGAUAGUGACGCGAGCAGCGACGCUGGUCAGGACAGAAAACAAAAUAAAACUUCAGCAGAUGUCAGAGGGAGGGGAGGACUCUGGGGCAACAGGGGAAACCAGCUGCCACGCACCCGUUCCAGUGAUGUCCUUGGUGCUGCCAACGACGCUGCAAGCAGAGAGGAUGGACCAAACAGAAGACAAAGGCAGAGGCCUGUCAGAGAUAAAACUGAGAUAUGCAUGUACUUCAUCAAAGGACACUGUAGACAUGAGGAUCAAUGUUUCAAAGCUCACGACAAGAUGCCGUACCGAUGGGAGGUUUGGCAGAAUGAUCAGUGGACCGCCUUGUCUGAUAAUGAGAAGAUUGAGAAAGACUACUGUGACCCUACAAACACAUACAGUAGCAGCAGCCCACCUGUGUGUUUUGACACAAUGACUCGUGGAUCGGACAAAGUACGACGACUCUCUACCAUAAACUCUUUGCUGGAGCCAGACUUCAUCCACACCACCGAGUGGGUUUGGUACUGGGAGGAUGAGUUCGGAAAGUGGAACAUGUACGCUUCAGCUGCUGGUGGACACAAAGCAGCAGACAUGGACAGCUCUAAACUGGAGCGGAGGUUUCUGGACAAUAACAAAGACGUUGUGGAGUUCUCCGCUGGUUCACAGACAUACUCACUCAGUUUCCAAGACAUGAUACAAUCAAACAAGAAUUACGGCACAAAGAGGCUUGUGAAAAGACGGCCGCGGUUUGUCUCUGCGGAGGAUGUCAGAACAAAGAAAGUGAGGAGGCCUAUGUCCACUAUGCCCGACCACUGGGACAAGUCACAGCUUCCUCAGACAGGAUACGCGCGAGUCUCCCUCCAGCCAUCCUCAGAUGAGUUUAAGGAGAUUAAUGCUCUUUUCUGUAAAACUAUGAGCGGCUUUGACAUCGUCAAAAUUGAGAGGAUUCAGAACAAAGCUCUUUGGGAGUCCUUUCAGUUGAAGAAAAAUCAGAUGAAGGAUGUCAACAAUGGGCACUUUCCGAGAGAGAAAAAACUUUUUCAUGGCACUGACUCUAAAUACGUUGAGGCCAUCUGCGCCACCAACUUUGACUGGAGAGUCUGUGGAUUAAACGGGACUGUUUAUGGCCAAGGUAGUUAUUUUGCUCGGGAUGCAAAAUACUCCCACAGCUACACUGGUGACUCCGCUGUCAAAUCCAUGUUCAUCUCACGGGUGCUGGUGGGAGACUACACCAGAGGAUCCUCCGACUACCGACGACCCCCUGGCAAGGACGGAGGGAACAUAAAGUUAUUUGACAGCUGCGUAGACGACAUUAUAAAUCCAUCUAUCUAUGUUGUGUUUGAGAAGCAACAGAUCUACCCCGAGUACCUGCUGCAGUACAAGACCAAGCACUCGGUCACGGAUCUAUAUGGUGCCACGUCCACACCAACACGCACACCAGUUCCGGCACCCAAACCAGUUCCGGCACCCAAACCAGUACCGACACCGAGACUUGCUCCCAAACCGAGCGUAUCAGUUGCUCAACACAGCACAUUGGCUCAGCCCCGCACAGCCUCGUACCAGUCUAGCACGUUUCUUUACCAACGCAACACACCCUCCUCCCAACCCAGCUCAUCUCUUUUUAACUCCAGCACGGCCUCUUACCAUUACCAACCCAGCAGAAGAGUUACACCAUCCCCUCCAACAUCUCUUCCAUCAAGCCCGACACCAAAGAAAAAUGCUGAUACUUGUGUCAUUGCUUAGAGACAAAGGUGAGGUGACUGCAGGUGUUUUUUAACGGAAAUACAGCAGUUCCCUCCUGCAGUUCCCCCAUCUCUAUCCUAAGCCCCUCCCACUAGACAACCACGGGCACAAGCGCGAGCUUCAUACAGUAACGCAGCGUUUCCCAAGCUGGUUUAUUUAAAGUUAUUUCAUUGUAGAGUUGCACACAGCUCAUUCAUUCAGCCCCUUAUAGCCCCUCUCUCUCUGUUUAUCAGACCACCUAUGAGAUAAGAAUCAGUUGCUAGCCACCCCACCGUUCCUCCACUUUGCCCCUUACCGCCGUGGACUGCUAAGCUGGGAGGAGAGCGGACUACAGCUCAGGAAGACGGGUCUUUGAUCGGAGGCUGUAGUGACUCGGAUUGAGCUAGCACAGGGCGUAACGUUUGGCUGAGUAUAACGUGUAAACAGCAGCAACAGAAAG